GGAAGUUGAUAUCUGGCAACGAGAUGACAUCGCUGGAAACUAUCUUUGAAGGCUGGGAAAGUGCGGAUCUAGAAGCGGCGUGCAACACGCAAGACCCUAAUGAUGGCAACACUGCGCUACAUAAAGCUGCCAUUGCAGAAAAACCUGAUAUGGUUACACAAAUCCUGACUGCUGGUGGUGACCCCUGCAUCCGCAACCAUCAGUUACAAACGCCUUACGCAGCCACGCCGCAUAGCGACACCAGGAUCGCGUUCAGGAUGUUCCAGGGACAGUUCCCGGAUAAAUACAACUAUUCUAAGGCACACAUCCCCGGCCCAGUGACGCCCGAACUUCUAGAGCUAGAGAAAGAGAAGAAAGCGCAGCAGAAGCGAGCGAAGCGGCAGCGUGAGAAAGAGAAGCAGAUCGAGAAGAUCAAGACCAACCAGUUCUUACUCAUGACUGACGCGGAAAAGGUAAAAGCAGCCGAAAAGCGAUGCUUCCUUUGCGGUUCAGGCUUGCCCAAGCGUCCCUUCGAGUACGAACGCUAUACAUUCUGCUCCAUACGCUGCCUUCAAAACCAUCGGAACCUACGACCUUUACACAUGAGUGCCUGAUAAAAGUGGUGUCAUACAUGGUAUGACACUAAUUUGACGUGACUUGUCAUAAUAAAUUAAGAAACGUGUAGUGUAGACUUGAAUCACGUAUGUGAAGACAAUUACGUUAUACAUUUCCUAUUUUAAAUACCUAUAACCCUUUAAAAAUUUAACUCGUGACAAUUAAAAAAAAGUAUUAGCCGAAUAUUCCUUACGUAAGUGUCUGUAUUUUGAAAACGUCUUUUUCGCUGUUUUUUUUUAAUUCUUUAAAAAUGCUUGUUUGUAUCAAAAUUAACGCUGUUCUUUAUUUAUGGCCAGAUCUGGGAUAUUGGUCACAAAGUGACCUCCCCAUUUGAAUUUGAAUUUCUUGUCUGUCAUUUGACAUCUGUCAAUCUAACAGCCUGGGCAGUAGCUAUUUGACCACACAGUUCGGAAUGUUUACCGUUAUAAUAAUCCAGUUUUAUAAUAAUAAAAAAAAAAUGUAAUGAA